AUGACGACCCUGAAUUCUUUAGAAAUUAAAGGAAUCCGGUCCUUCACUCCUGAUAGGACAGAAUGUUUGAAGUUUGAAAAGCCUUUAACAUUGAUCGUCGGCAAAAAUGGAUCAGGGAAGACGUUUCAAAGAGAUUCCACGUAUAUUCAGACACUUGUUGAAUGCUUGAAGGCUGUCACUUGUGGAAUAUUGCCUCCUAGUCAGGGGAAAGGAAGGAACUUUAUAUUCAACAGCAAGCUAAAGAAGUGUUCAGAGGUCAAAUCAUCUAUAAAGAUGACAUUCAGCAGCCAUAACAAUGAAACGAUCGCAGCGUCUCGGUCCUAUUGUAUUUCUAAUGACAAAUAUGACCCUAAGAAGCUCACGUUUAAGGCAACCGACAGUACACUGGAUAUAACAUCAGCGGAUGGGAAUUUGAGGACAUUGUCUCUCAAAAGCACUCAAAUGGAUACCACCGUUCCCUCGUAUAUGGGAAUGUCAAGAGCCCUUUUGGACAACGUGAUAUUCUGCCACCAAGAUGAGAAUAACUGGCCGCUGGAGGACGCGAGUAAAAUAAAAGCGCGGUUUGAUGACUUGCUGGAAACGGCAGGGUUUACGAAGGCAUUACAGUCACUCAGCAAGGCCAGAAAGGAGCAAGAGACGUACAUACUGUCCCUAAACUCGAAAUUGGAAGCACACAAGCAGGAGAUUAUAAGGAUUGAUACACUGAGGAAGAAGUGGAACGUGAUCAAGGACGAGAUUGAUAGAAUCAAACGUGAACAAGAAUCUUUGAAAAAUAAAUCGACUGUUUUGAUUGACGAGAUUGCAUUGGUACAAAAAGAUUACGAAAGCGCUUCGGCGAUAUACAAUGAAUAUAAUAAAUGUGAAACGGAUUAUUUAAAAUUGAAGGAAGAGUGCAAUCUGUUAUAUGAGCAUUUGUCUGAAAUAUACGAUGAAAGUUUAGAAGAAAUACUGAAGUUCCAUUCUGAUCUGUCUGAGGAGUUGAGGGAGUCGGAAACAAAAAACGAUGAGCUAUCUAGAACGAUACACGAAUUGUGUAAACAGCUAUAUGAUUACAACAAGAAGCUAACAGACAUAGGCUCACUUGAAAACAGAGUCACGAGGCUUAGGGAGGACUACGAGGUGAAUGAGAAGAGGAUUGAUCAACUGAGAACGGAGUUGUGUACAGCCUUUUCAAUCGAUGAGGUCAAUUUCGGAGAGUUAAUUGAGUCGAAACUUGAGUUGUUAUCAACAAUAUCGUCAAUGGAGGAGCAAUUGACCCUCGAGGGACAGAAUUUGGAAGAUGAGUUCAACUCACUUCAGUCGUCACUGCUGAACACAAAGGGUACUGCACAUAAUAGAUUAAUUAUCCGUGUAGCGGCAUUUCAUAGCAUAAGCUCAACACUAAAGUCGGUUGAGUCGAAAAUCCGGGAGAUAGAAGCAUUGACAUCAAAGCUGGAUGAAUUGAACGACAGUAAAGACGACCUGAAUAAAAAGUUAGAUGAAGCCACAAAUGAAGUUGCGGAGUUGGAGCAAAGACUUACCAAUUUGCAAAAUGAAAAGGAAAAAAUGUUGAAUAAGGGAUACAGAAUUAAGAAUAUGAUACAGAUAAAGGAAGAUAUAAAUAAGGAUGACAUAAAGAGCGGAAUUAACUUUUUGAAUUACAUAUUGGAUAAUGACGCACAGUCAAUAGACUCAUACCUAAGUCUGAUAAGUCGAUAUGGCUUAGAUGAAAAGAAGCUGGUUCAAACAGUAAAAAGAAUAUUUGAAGAACUCCUGGUUACAGAAGAACAAAUAAUACAAGAAACGCAAGAAACCAUAAAAAAGCUAUUUUCUCCGAAAGUGAACACAGUGAUUAUAGGAGAAGGAAGGGUAUCAAUGAGAGAGUACAGCGUAAGGAAUAUUUAUGCUACUAUUGAAACCAUUGAUCAAAGCGGGGUUGAAUCAGAAGCUUCAAAUGUGUAUUUUGAGCCUUACAAUGAACUGAUGAAAAUACUGACAAACGAUAGAAUAAAGGAAUACAUAUCAUAUUUCAACGGGCUGAUCAAUGAAGAACAAAUUGAUAGUGAUCGUGGAGAUUUCGAUCCCGAAAAAUACAACGAGUUGUUAAAAAGCAUAUCGGACUUGAAUCAGGAACUGUCAAACAAGAGAGCGAUGAUUGAUAAAUAUAAUAAAGAAUUGGAGGUUUUGUCUGGUAAAAUAGCUGAAAUCAACGAGCGUGCAAAUAAACUUGUGUCAUUAAAAGAGCAGAAACAGCAAAUACUUGAGAACAAAGACCUACUGAAUAUUGAAAUAGACGAGAAAGAAAGUAGCUCACAAAGUGUAAAGACCUCAAUGAAAAGAAUCAGUGAGGAAUUGAACCGAGUGAAAAACGAAAGGAAUGUAAAAUAUCACAAAUACAACAGUUUAUACAAGGAGUAUUUAAACAAAAAUGAAAGAAACGCAACAAUAACAUCCGAAUUAAGUGAACUGUUGCGUAACAGAGAGGGAAACAAUGUGAAGGACUUGAACUCGAACAUAGAGCAGCUGAACGUUGACAUCACAGUCAACAAGGACGAGCAAACGAAGUUGUUGGAAAAGAUGAAGAAAAUAAAGUUAUCGCUGCAGCUGCUUACGGAUAACAUAGCAUAUAAGCACAAGCGGUAUUUAAUGGAAGAGUCAAAGUCGAGGUUGGACGAGCUUAAAACGGACUUGGAUAAUAAAAAUUACAACGUAAUCAAAAAGACCCUCGACGAGCUGAACGCGGAGCUUUCAACGAUAUCGCAUGAGAUUGCCAACAUGAACGGGAGGCUUAUUGCACUUGAGAAGAGCUGCGGCCAGAACGAGAGCAUAGAGAGCAAACUCUUCGCGAAGGCGCAGUCUGAGUACAUUGAUUCCUACAUCAAGUACAAGUGCCACGUGGAGGCCAGAGAGGUAAGAGGGCUGUUCACAGCGCUUCGCUUAGGACUUGGAAAAGUAUUACAAGUUUCUGGAGUCUGCUCUGCACAGCUACCACCUUGA